GACACGCCACCACCUAACCUUCCUUUCCUUCUCCGGCAUCUCUCUCUUCUCUUUCACAGCCCCAGCACUGCAGGUAGCAGCAACAGGUCGGCCGGCCGGCCCCGCCUUCUCACAACACCACACUUCACCCAAAAAACACCAACGAAGCCGAAGCAGCAGCCCAGCCCAGCUCAUCUGUUCUAUUUUAAUAUUUCUCCUCUCGAUUUUUGCCAUUUCCUUUUCUUCUUCAUCACCACCUUUUCCCACUUUACUCAACUGUCAGUACACUCUCUCCUCUCCUCUCCUCGACCUUGGCAUAGUAAGACCCGAAUCUCCAAAAUCCCAUCCCUUCUCUCUCUCUCUCUUCGCUGGUCCCUCUCUUUCUGUUGCUUCUUUUGAUGGCUUUCCCACUCCCACCGCCAGACAGUAGCUCUCUGCAGCUCACGCCUCACUCUCCCGCCAAGGCGCAAACUGUUCCAGCCUUCUUCUUCUUCUUCUUCUUCUUCACUCAAACAGAGCAUCAACGGCUCUCCACACCAGACAGACAUCCGAAUAAUGAUCAACUACUGAAUAGAAAGCAAGCAAGCAGUAUUGAGCACAGAAGUAGCAGUGUCUCACAUUUCUGUUUCCCCUUGCAUUCCCCCCCGGCUGUCGUUUUGUUUGCAGCAGCACAGCACUGCAUUCGUCGUUUUGCAUGCCUUUCUCUCCGUCUCGUCACUUUCACAGCUUUCUUCGUACUAAAACCUCUCUCUCCCUUUCUCCCUUUUCUUGGAUACUUGCCCUUUUCAAGCAACAGCCUUACCUGGCAUUACAUUUACCCCUUCACCUGGAUUUAUCAACUUUAAUCACUCUUGUGCGAAAUUCGGCAAAUAUUCGCCUCCCCUCCCUCCCACCCAGAUGCUUCUUUCUUCCUUUCUUCUCCCCCUACGUACAAUCAUGCCACUGCUCUACUUCAUUUGAUCCUCUUCAAAGGGUCGAUUGAAAAAGUGGAACCUGCAGAAAGGAAACAGAGAGAAACAGGGUACUCUGUUUUUUUUAUGGCGAUGGAACAAGGGAUGGAGCAACACACUUCCAACGCCGUCGCCUCCAACUGCCUCACCGUUGCCGACAAACGGCCUCACCGUCCCGGCGGAUGUGUCGGCAUUUUCUUCCAGCUCUUCGAUUGGAACCGUCGGUUGGCCAAGAAGAAGCUCUUCUCCACCAAACUUCUUCCUCCAGCUCGAAUGAAGUUUGCAGGGGAUGAAACGAUGCCCAAGACCAAGCCUCAUCUGAUUGCAGAUGAGAACAGCGGCGGUUUCCUAGCAAAUGCCAAGAAAAAUAGCAGCAAUCGAAGCCUCGCGGAGUUUCAGAAGCAAGAAAUGCGGUCUCCAAGUUUGGUUGCUAGGCUCAUGGGGCUCGACUCCAUGCCUGCUGUGCAGCGAGACAAGCACAAGAAACCUUCAAAGUCUGGUACUUACUCUGGGUCUGAUCCUAUAGCUGAUUUGAGCUCGGAUAAGGUAAGCACAAAGCUUGAAUCUAGGCCUCCAAAGCUUCAAAAGACUGGACAGUGCGACCAAAGAGCAGUAGCAACUCCUAGGUUCGGAGCCGAAGCUUUGCAUAUAAGGAGUGUUCUGUCAAGGUCUAGGAAACAUGGUAACCCUCCUGCCAAACUUGCUACCCCAGCAAAAAGCCCCAAGCUUUCGUCCGGACGCCAUGCAUCCAGGACAUCUAGGUUGAUUGAUGCAGCUACAAGAAUUUUGGAGCCUGGGAUACAAGCUACGAAUAGAGCCAAGUCCACCAUUGCUUACUCGAAUUCGAAACGUUAUGCUCCCAACGACGACGCUUUAGGAGGGAUUUUUGGACAGUCGGUGAAAGAAGUGCAGAAGAGUAGUAGUGUCACUUCUUGCAAGAAUUGUGGCAAUGUGGUUGAUGUGGUGGUGGAAUCCAGGAUGGAGGAAGAGCCGUUUCAUUAUCGCGCAACAUCACUCGCGUCUCAUUUCGCUACCCCUUAUACCGAUCAGGGGAGAGAUGUAGCCUGCAAGAGGAAACAAGGGCAGCAAAUAAGUAGUGAUGCGGAAAUGCUGGACAAAGGGAGAGCAUAUAGCAGUAGUAGUGAAGUGGUUGUGGAUAGGAAAGACAUGUCACAUGAGUUUGGAGCUAAGGGGCAAUCAAAGGGAUUCCAAAAUGGCUACAACCAUCGAACCGAUGAUGAGACAUCUGCUGCUGUGGCUUUCAAGCAGAGAAGCCAAGGUCAGAACAGAAUGCCUGUAGUAGGGAGCGAAAGAUUAACGCAAGGUUCCAAGUUGAGUUCCUUUAGUGGGACUAAAGAUUUUGUUGCUAUGAACAGAAGUUUAAGUGGCCGAUCCAGGGUUCGGGUAUCGAAUAGGAUGGAUAACCCAACCUUCAACAUGGAGAGGAGAUUCUGUAACAGAAGAGAUGAUGUCUUGCCACAGUUAAGGAGUCCAGGGGUUAAGAGGAAGACAGUGAGUGCUAGAGCACAACUUCAAAGUAAUGGGCAUGGUACUUCAAUUCCUCCUGUAAGACAAAGGAGCAUCAAUUUUGACGCUGUCAAUGAGAAGAAGAUAGGGUUAAACCCUUUCCGUGCGAAAACCAGAUUUGAUAGUCGAAGUGAAAGCAGCAUACCCAAUAAGGGCAACAACGAUCUUGCUUCUUUUACAUUUAGUAGCCAAUCAAGGGUAAGAACUGGUUAUGACAGCAGGAACCCGAUGGGGGAAAACAGUUCAAACCGAAGGAACAUGGCCAUGGAUGAAAGUGAAGGGAAAGGAUGUGUGCAAAAGCAAGUAUCGCCGAGAAGAGAUGCAUUAGACUCCCUUCUGCAGCAAAAGCUGAAAGAACUGAUCUCACAAGAAGAGGAUGAGUUGAAAGGUGGCAAUGCACUCCCCAUUAGAUCCACUGCCAUGAUUCUCCAGGAGUUGAUAUCUGCUUUGACAAUAGAAAAUGUGAUUCCCACUUCUCCACCAAGUAGUUUUUCCAUUGCCAAUACACCUUUCCAGAAUGGAAAACAUUAUCUGAGUCCUGGAUCUGUUCUUGAUGCUAGCUUCUCAAAUGAGAGCUGCUUCUCCAGCAGUCUAGAUGACAACUCAGCUUCCUCGAUGCUUACUUGGGAUUCUACUACAACCUCUACCACCGAAGGCAGGAGAUUUUCGAAGCUGGUGACAGAUCUCCAUGACCACAUCUCUAGAAUGUUGCAGAGCAUAACUCUAGCUGGUGGGUGCCAGUUAACUAGCAGGGACCUUGGCCAUGCAAAGGAGACUAUCUUGACUGCUGAGCUCUUGUUCGGAGCAGCAAAUCACCAUGGUCCUGAUAGAACGAGGAGUUCAGUUUUGGGAUCUUUCCUUCUCGACGAGCUCAGUGCUGUUGCAGUUUCCAUGGGUAGCACAGAGGGCAGCAAAGAGGCCAGUAAUCAACUCAGGAGGCUACUGUUCGACUGUGUGAUAGAAUGGUUAGAUUCGACACGCAGCAGGUAUUGUGAUACAGGGUUCAGAACAUGGAGGCAGCAGCAGCUGCUGGUGCCAUGGUGCAAGGAGACGGUGUUGGAAGAGGUUGGAGAGGAGGUGAAGAGGUGGACGAACAUGGCCGGGUUGAUACCAGACGAGAUGGUGGAGUUGGAGAUGGGACCAUCAUUAGCGAAAUGGACCGAAUUCGAGGUUGAAUCUUAUGAAAUUGGUGGCGACAUUGGCUGCGAGAUAGUCGACGUUUUAUUGGAAGAAACCAUGAGAGACUUGUGGGAACUCUAGCAAAAAGGAGGCAGGAAGUUUGCUGCCAUGGCAAUAGUAAACCUUAACCCAGUUAGUUCAUGAUGAUAUAUGUGUAAAGAAAUGGCGGUUUGGUUAGUUAGAUGGUUGUAGCUGUAUCAUCUUCUUCUGUUAUGUGUUGAGAUAAUGGCAAAAAGCGCUUGGACUUGGUUCGGAUCUGGUAAAUGUUUAGGGAGAGCCGAGUCUUUCCUUCCUCAGUUUUUGGGAAGUUUAUUGGUGAGGUUAGCAGCCAUGAACUUGUCGAGUAAGAACUAGUCGAAUAUAACUCAAUUGUGAAC